AUGAUCACCGGCCAUGAUUUCUACACCGUCAUGUCCGCCAUGGUGCCGUUGUAUGUCGCCAUGAUACUCGCCUACGGCAGUGUGCGGUGGUGGAAGAUUUUCACCCCCGACCAGUGCUCCGGAAUCAACCGUUUCGUCGCCAUUUUCGCCGUCCCUUUGCUGUCUUUCCAUUUUAUAUCCAUGAACAAUCCUUACGCUAUGAACUUCCGCUUCAUCGCCGCCGACACUCUUCAGAAAAUCAUUAUGCUGGUGGUGCUCGGUUUGUGGGCUAAUUUUACCAAGAAUGGGAGUUUGGAAUGGAUGAUAACGAUUUUCUCGCUUUCGACGCUUCCCAAUACACUGGUUAUGGGGAUUCCGUUGUUGAUUGCUAUGUAUGGUGAGUAUUCAGGAUCUUUAAUGGUGCAAGUGGUGGUGUUGCAGUGUAUUAUAUGGUACACUCUGCUUCUGUUCUUGUUUGAAUAUCGUGGCGCGAAGAUGCUGAUAAUGGAGCAGUUCCCGGAAACGGCAGCUUCCAUUGUUUCUUUCAAGGUCGAGUCUGAUGUCGUUUCGCUUGACGGACAUGAUUUUCUGGAAACCGAUGCGGAGAUCGGGAACGACGGGAAGCUUCAUGUGACUGUGAGAAAAUCAAACGCGUCGAGGAGAUCUCUUGGGCUUGGUUCAAUGACUCCCCGGCCGUCGAAUCUCACCGGAGCUGAGAUUUACAGUUUAAGCUCGUCGAGAAACCCGACUCCCAGAGGUUCAAACUUUAAUCACUCGGAUUUCUACUCCAUGAUGGGGUUUCCCGGUGGCCGGUUAUCGAACUUCGGUCCGGCGGAUGCUUAUUCAGUUCAGUCAUCAAGAGGUCCGACACCCAGACCUUCGAAUUUCGAGGAGAGUACAGCUCCGGGACCUCUGAAUAUGAAUUCUCCGAGGUUUGGAUUUUACCCAGCUCCGCAGACAGUUCCGGCAGCUUAUCCGGCGCCGAAUCCGGAAAUCACUUCAUCGGUUACGAAGACUGCUAAAAGUCAACAACCCCUGACACAACCGCAGCCACAACCGUUACAAAAUGGCGCUCAAAAUAAAACUAAUCAUGACGCUAAAGAGCUUCACAUGUUCGUCUGGAGCUCCAGUGCUUCCCCGGUGUCCGAGGGCGGCGGGCUUCACGUCUUCGGCGGUAAUGAUUUCGGAGCGACGACGGAGCAGCCGGGUCGUGCAGGUGCAGAUCAACAGGGUGGAGCGAAGGAGAUCAGGAUGUUAGUCCCCUCCGAUCACCACCAAAACGGUGAAACCAAAGAUGCAUUGGGGGGAGAAGAUUUCACUUUCGGUGGAGAUAGAGAUGGAGAUGAUGAUAAGGAUAAAGAAGCUCAAAUCGGACUCAACAAACUCGGUUCAAGCUCCACGGCGGAGCUCCACCCCAAGGGUGUCUCGAUGGACGACGGUGGUGCUGGAAAACAGAUGCCGCCGGCGAGUGUGAUGACCCGAUUGAUAUUGAUAAUGGUUUGGCGGAAAUUGAUCAGGAACCCAAACACGUACUCCAGUCUGAUUGGUCUAAUCUGGUCUCUCGUGUCGUUCAGGUGGCAUUUGGCAAUGCCCGUCAUAAUUAGUAAGUCGAUCUCAAUACUCUCGGAUGCUGGUCUUGGAAUGGCUAUGUUUAGCUUAGGACUAUUUAUGGCACUUCAACCAAAAAUCAUAGCAUGUGGGAAUUCAGUUGCUUCAUUUGCAAUGGCGGUGAGGUUUCUGACGGGACCGGCGGUGAUGGCGGCGGCGUCUAUCGCCGUCGGCCUGCGUGGCAAUCUUCUCCAUGUCGCAAUUGUACAGGCUGCGUUGCCCCAAGGAAUUGUCCCUUUUGUUUUUGCAAAGGAGUACAACGUUCAUCCAGCAAUUCUUAGUACUGCGGUUAUUUUCGGAAUGUUGAUCGCCUUGCCUAUAACUUUGGUCUACUACAUCAUUCUUGGAUUAAAUGAGGAAAGCAAGGAAGGAGAUAGAUUAGAAGAGAGGAAACAAAUAGGAGGAUAA